AUGGCAUCUUUGCUGCCUGAAAUUACAAGCUUCAAAACCGGUGAUGAUGACUUCAAAGGAAUUGAAGGGUUUGAUGAUAAUGCCCUUCUCAUGUCUUUGCUAGAAGAUUCGCAAGGAGAUCAUGAAAGCAAUGACAAAAGAUUAAGGAGUGUGAUCCAAUCACUUGAAGCAGAGAUUAAUCCAAAUAUAAUGUUGGACGGCUAUGAUUUAGGCAUGAAUCCAGCUGAGAUGCCAAGUGAUGGAGAGGAAACUAAUGAAUUGUUCAAAAUGGCAGAAAUGGAGUCGCUUGAGUUUGAAUUGGUUGAUAUGGAAAUGGUGCCUUCUUCACCAAGUGAUCAUCACAUGAAUUAUUGGUACACGGAAUCUUCAGAAAAUGAUAUGGUUGAAUUUGGUGUUAGAGACUAUUUUCAAGUUGGUCAUGAAGCCCUCUUGGAGGAGCAUGUAUAUAGCUCAUUAUGGGAAGAAACAUAUGACACUAUAAUGUACAAUUAA